UUUGCGCUUACACAGUAUGGCCGGCGAUAUUAGCUAACAUUCGCCUGCGGUAUUCUCUGUAAAAGGGGAAGACGGUAAAAUAAACAAGGCAACUGCACCUGGACUGCUCAAGGACUGUAACUAAGCUAAUAAAUUAUAACAACUAAUAAAGGACUAUUAAUAAUUGGAUCCAUCCGACGCUAUAAUUUCUGUUGUUGGAGUCUGUUUGUCUCAUGAUGGAAGACGGCAGUGCACAAUUCUUCGAGGGGACCGAGAAGCUGCUGGAGGUGUGGUUCUCCCGACAAGACGAAGCCAAAGGAACCGGGGAUCUGCGCACUAUCCCCAGAUUCGAAUGGGACAAACUUCUGGAGAAUGUGCACUGUUUGAUCAUAAGUGUGACAAAGACUGACAAGCAGGAAGCUUAUAUACUCAGUGAGAGUAGCAUGUUUGUCUCCAAGAGACGUUUCAUUUUGAAGACAUGUGGAACAACCCUCUUACUGCAGGCACUGGUGCCUCUGCUGGAACUAGCACGCGAGUACUGCGGCUUUGAUGCCAUCGAGAAUUUCUUCUACUCACGUAAAAACUUCAUGAAGCCCGCCCAUCAGGAGUUUCCUCACCGUAACUUCCAGGAGGAGGUUGAGUUCCUCAGCCAGAUCUUUCCAAAUGGAGCAGCGUACUGUAUGGGACGUCUGAACUCUGACUGCUGGUACCUGUUUACCCUGGAACUGCCAGAGUACUGGGAGAAUAAACAGGCGGACCAGACCCUAGAAGUUCUGAUGAGUGAUCUUGAACCAGCUGUGAUGGACCAGUUCUAUAUGAAAGAUGGUGUUUCUGCUAUUGAUGUCACUCGUAUGAGUGGAAUUCGUGACCUGAUUCCAGGUUCAGUGAUCGACGCCACAAUGUUCAAUCCGUGUGGAUACUCGAUGAAUGGAAUGAAGACCGAUGGAACUUACUGGACGAUUCACAUCACACCUGAGCCAGAGUUCUCUUAUGUUAGCUUUGAAACCAACCUCUCCCAGACAUCCUACGAUGAGCUGAUCCGCAAAGUCGUGGAUGUCUUUAAACCAGGGAAAUUUGUUACAACCCUUUUCGUCAAUCAGAGCUCCAAAUGUCGCAGCGUUUUCUCCUCAGCCCAGAAAGUGGAGAGUUACCGUCUCCUCGACCGCCAGUUGGCCCACUUCAACGAUUACAAUUUCGUCUUCAGCAGUUACGCAAAGAAACAACAGAGCUGAACCUCCGAAAUGAAGAAGCGUAAAAAGAAAUCCCGCCGCUCCGAGGAACAUCUCAGCGGCCGGCGGGAUCUCGUAGCGGAGCGUCGGUUUCUGUGCGUAGGGCCUUCUGGCUGUAGAUCUUCCCUAAGUUUAACCUUUAUGCAUUAUUGUACCUGUACCGUAGAUAUCGUGCAUGAAAGCCCCUCACGUGUCUCUGUAGAUAUUCAAGCUCAUUCUUGCUGUGAUCUUGAAGUGCAUGUAGAGUUACUGAACGCGCCUGUGUGUUUGAGGCAUGUCACACCGUCGCGAUGUUCCCUUCCUUUCCUGCAAGUGUCUCCUCGUAUCCCCCACAGACAAGGUUUCCGACCUCACUAGGCAAGGACCCUGACAUGCUCCCAUUAUCCGUCUUUUCUGCCGUGUGCCACGCAGACCAAAACGAAAACGACGUUUUGUACAAGUUAACGAGUUGGCGUUCUAGUUUUGCAUUGCGUUUCGUUUUUUUUUCUUCUGAUUUGAUGCUUUGCUCGUUCGUGUUCAGCUAGCUAAGCGGUUUAAAGAUGUUUUGUACUUUAUCUCUCUUAAAAAAACUACAAAUGUGCAUAGCUUUAAUUAAUUUUCUUUAAAGAUUUAAACUGAAGUUGUUUAUACGACAUUAAAAAAAUUUAGUUGUAACUGUAAAACUUUUUGAAAUGGUUUAAAUAUGGCUUUAUCUUAAAAUAACUUUGAUAACAACGAUGGCCUGAGAAAAUUGGUCGUAACUAUAAAUAUACUUAUGCUCUCCAAACCGUUAUCUUUAUUUAUAGAAGUGAAUGUUUCAAAAGUUGAACUUAACCGUUUCAUUGCUUAAGUGUUGUGAAUGUAUAUCCUGCAUUACAAACCAGCUUGUGUAAGUUAAACCGUCGUCUUCCUUUCUGCAAAAAUCAUGAAUGUAUAAAAAAAACGAGGGGUAGAGAGGCACAGAGCCCGUUUAAAAACCACACUGAAUAAAAACGGUUACACCGACACUUUCAGUGUACUGAUCGCCCAGCAAAGCAUUUUUCUUUCUCUCUUUUUCUCUUCUGGUAAGCACACAAUAGGCAGACGCUGAUCUGAGCAUGUCGGGGUCAAACCGGAUCAUUCGAAACUAGCGAUGCAGAAAAUGAAGUUUUAUUAAAGAUUAUUUUGAACCAAAAUACGAUUCCACCUCUCCAGAUCCGUCUUUUUGCAUCUAGGGAAUGAUGUUUUCAUUUCCUAUUGCAUGCGGCUAGCGCGUAGCAGGACAUUGAAUGUGCUUUUGCCCCUUGUAAACUUUUUAUGUACGUCAUUUUUGUUUAUACACUGUAACAUACUUAGUUGACUGAGCAAUAGAUAUGCUGUUUAUUUUUAUCCUCAUCUGUGCUGAAGAUGUGAAGAUGAUGAUGAUGAUGGUUCUGUUAUUUCUCCUUUAUAGUGGCAGUUCAUUAAAAAAUCCUUUUCACUUAAAGCUGCUGUUACUGAGAGACAAAACUGUUGUAAAACUGUAGAUCUAGGAUCAGAUAUAGAUCAAUUCAAUUGCAUUUACCAGAAAGGACAAUCGUGUUAAAUUUCACACACGGACCACUGCUAGGAGAAAUAAAUCGCAGCAUCAUAACCAGCACUUGUUUUCUGUUUUUCCUGUUAAAUAUGGGGAACGGUUAGUUUUGAGCAUUUCUUUGGUCUCUUUAUACACAUGAGAUUUUAUACAUAGACGUUACAUAAGCAUGAAAGGGGACGGCGGUAAUGUUACGGACCAACUUUUAUAAAACUUUCUUUUUCUGACCCUGUUCUGAGGUGGUGAGUGAACUUCUCUGAUGAUUUUGUUAGUUCUUCCCAGCCUGUGUGAUGAUGAUGAUGAUGAUGAUGAUGAUGUAUGGGUUAAAGUAAAUUUUUGGCUGCAGGAUUUAUCACAGGAUGUUAGGAAGGGAAGACUCCUGAUUCUCUUGCUUUUCCAUGGUUGGUCAAGAUGUGCUAAAUAUAUCUGUACUAAGAGCUUGAUGCUUUCAAUAAAGUAAGUCACUAUCAA